AUAAAACUAUACAAGAUUUAGUGUCUUUUUCUUUUCUUCAUCUAAAAAGUAUGUCUCAACCUGCUUAUAACCAUUUGCCUGAAAAGCUUAAAAACCAUUAUAUUAUUCAAAGACACGGCUUUUCUUUGGCCAAUAAUGAUGGUUUGAUUUGCUCCAAUCCUGAUAUUGCUAUUCCACCUACUGGCGGUCCAUUAAAUACGGGUUAUGGUUUGCACGAAAAGGGCAAAGUUCAAGUGAAAGAGGUAAGUUGGAAGAUGGCAAUGUCAGUUGCUCAAGAUAUCAUUCGUCUAUAGUCUGCUACUCUUCUCUCGAAGCAUUUGUUUCCUUCUCAAGAAGCCCCUUCUGACGACGAGACUCCUGUCGUUAUGUUUUGCUCUCCCUUUAAGAGAACUGUUGAAACUGCUGAAAUUAUUCAGGGUGUACUGAAUGACACUGUUCUUCAAGGAAAAGUAGCUGCUCCCAUUCGCGAAAUGGAAUUAAGGGAGCGUUGGUAUGGUAAAUUAGACAUGCAGAGCGAUAAGCUUUAUGAAGAUGCUUGGGUUGAUGAUAAGGCAGAGCCUGAUCAUGGCGAAAACAGUCAAUAUGGAGUCGAGUCACCCAGCAGUGUCUGUGACAGAGUUACUCGUUUCAUUGUAGACAAGAUCGAAAGCCAAAUGGAAGGAAAGACUGUGAUUUUGGUAGCCCAUGGUGAUGUCUGUCAAAUCACCUUGACAGCUUUUCUUCGUAUCGAAGCUUGGAGACAUAGAGAAAUCAAGCAUGUGGAUACAGCCAACUGGAGAGACACUUUGCAACUUUAAACUAU